AUGCCGGUUCGUGGUGCGGCAGCUGCUUCGGCGCGCAAACGGAAGCGUAUUAAAGACGACCCUCUCGCGUCAGAUUCCGACGACGAGAACUUCAAUGAUGCUCCAUCUCCGAAAGCGACUAGUCGUAAAUCGAAGCCUACUGGCAAGGGCAAGAAGAAUACAUCCAGUGGCAGGAGAAGACAGGACACCUAUGAUGAUGAUGAGGAGGACGAUGACGACGAGAUCUCUGAUGAUGACGGGGAGUCCAUCGAUGAGGAUGAUGAACCAGUAGAGGUUGGUCUAUCUGGGCGGCCAGUACGCAAAGCAAGGAAGUCCAAGGCUACCAACUAUGCCGAAGACGAUUCAGAGGAAGUCGAGCGUGUGGACGAGAUUGAGGACGACGAUGAGGACCAGCAGGCAAUAAAACCAAAAAAUUCAAGAAAAAAUGUCAGAACAGAAGCUCCACCUACGAAAAAACUAGUCAUCAAGCUAAGAGUAGGUCCGGCUCAAGUUGGACCGAAACAUGAGGCCUCAAAUCCUCCCCCUAGGAGGUCUACCAGGGCUGCUUCAGCAAACGCACAGACGCGUCCAACUACUUCUGGUAAAGCACCUACAAAGACGACGGGCACCCGUGGGGGUAGCGUUGGGCCUCCUACUGGUACCGCUCUUACAACAAGAAGAAGCAGUCGACUAGGACAUGACAAUGAGCCAUUUGUCAACUCGGGAAAACACACAGAAGUCCUUGGCCACGAAGCAGUUAUCUUGGAAGAGGGUGAGACUUCAUUGGAAACAUCUGCAACCCAUAUAUCCAGUAACGGCGAUUACAAAAGGGAAGAGGAGGAUUCAAUAUUAUCAACAGCAGCGGUUCAUGGAAGUUACGGUUCAAACGCCAUAGAUAAUCACGAUCAGAGUGUACCAGCGGAAGUUACUGUGGAGGUCCCCGCUACAGAUACCAUCGAGGCCGAAGAAGAUUUAGAUGCGCCUGGAGACGAGGAAAGCGUGCAAGGAGAUCUCGAUGCAGGCCACGAGGCAGACGAGGACGAAGACGUCCUACCUAGUAAACGAACCCGCACUAGAAGUAUCGGUGGAAGCGGGCUUCGUGACUCCACAAUCUCCCCACGGACAACGAGAUCAGCCGCAGACAGAGAGCGAGCAUUGACCAUGAGUGCUGAUAAGCGGAGCCACAAAGAUUCUCCGUCCAAGGGUGGGAAACGUCUUGGACGGUUGAGGAAAAGUACUCGCGGGGGUAGCCGGAAGGCCGGGGGUGAAAGUGACGAAGACGAGUACCGGGAAGAGGAAGGGAGCGGCGAUGAGGAAUUGUCUUCAGACGCAGGCUCACCAAAGGCACCAAGAUCAACGCAGGCAUUUAUAGCCCAAGAUGAUGAAGACUAUUCCGAGGCGAACAACACACGACGUGGAAGAAGUCAAGGGAAGCGGCCAGAGCAAGCAGCUUCUCAACUAAGAAGCAAGCGACGACUAGAUUCCUCGGAUCAUGAACAAGUGAGCCAGGCUGAACAGUUGGAGGCGGCGGAAGAACUCGAAGAACUAAGGCCCUCACCUAAACGGCGGAGGGCAACCAGAGGAUCUGGGCCGUCUGGGGGCGAAGCUCCUGACAGGACUCUUAGAAGACGAGCUCAACCUGUUGACUAUCGGAUCAUGCGGCCAGAAGCCGGGAUAUUAUUUGACGAGCCUGAAGGGGGCGCAUCAACUCCCUCAAGGAGACGUACUGGAGCUGCUGCUGCUCCAGGAAAAUCUCUUUUCGAUACGUUUGGCCCAUUUGGUGGUGGGAGUGGGCCUGUGCCCUUGUUUGGUCGACCAGGAAAAUUCAGCAAUUUGCCUCUCGAUAUUGACUCUGAUAGCUCAGACGAUGAAAGAAUGCAAAAACCUAGUGGUGCUGGAGGAAUGCCUGGUAUUGGCGGAGGAAUGGGCAUGACUCCCACAACUGCUGCAGGCCCAGGACUACUCCCUUCGAUAGCUCAGACACACAAUAUGGACGCACUCCAAGGGACACCGGCAAACCUUGGAAAGGUUACAAAGCCGGCGAAACAAACGCUUGCAGAUGCGGACCCGUUAGGUGUUGCUACGGAUAUUACUUUUGAUAGCGUUGGUGGUCUAGACGACAAGAUCCACCAACUUAAGGAGAUGGUCCAAUUACCUCUUUCUUACCCGGAAAUUUUCGCUGCAAAGAACAUGACCCCACCUCGUGGUGUGUUAUUUUAUGGACCUCCAGGCACUGGUAAAACAUUGAUGGCGAGGGCUUUGGCUGCUAGCUGUAGUUCGGAGAGCAGAAAAGUUACUUUCUACAUGAGAAAAGGUGCCGACUGUUUAAGCAAAUGGGUCGGUGAAGCCGAAAGGCAGUUGAGAUUGUUGUUUGAAGAGGCCAAGAACAAUCAGCCAAGUAUCAUCUUUUUUGAUGAAAUCGAUGGUCUUGCCCCUGUCCGUUCGAGUAAACAAGAACAGAUCCAUGCUUCAAUUGUUUCAACGUUGCUUGCUCUUAUGGACGGCAUGGACGGUAGAGGCCAAGUUGUGGUCAUCGGAGCAACCAAUAGACCAGAUGCGAUUGAUCCAGCCUUAAGAAGACCUGGUAGAUUUGACAGGGAGUUCUACUUCCCGCUUCCUGCAACCGAGGCAAGAAGAAAGAUCAUUGAUAUACACACAAAGGGAUGGGAGCCACCGUUGGAGAAUGCAUUUAAGGAUCAAUUGGCAGAAUUAACGAAGGGAUAUGGUGGUGCCGAUCUCAGAGCAUUGUGUACAGAAGCUGCGUUGAAUGCCGUACAAAGAACAUAUCCUCAGAUCUACAUGACACCGGAGAAGUUGAAGGUUGAUGCACACAGUAUCAAGGUUUUGGCCAGAGAUUUCAUGGUAUCCUUGAAAAAUAUGGUGCCUUCUUCCGAGCGGUCAUCAUCUUCGGGUGCAUCGCCAUUACCAAGGCAUAUCGAGCCAUUGCUUUCCUCCCAACUUGAUUCCAUCAAAGACGCUCUUCAGUUGAUUCUACCUGACAGGAAGCGCUUGUCUGUUUUUGAAGAGGCGCUGCUAGAAGAUGACAUGGGUAUAGAUGGAGGCUUUGAACGUGAAAAAAUGAUGUCGGAUUUUGAAACUGCUCGGGUCUUCCGCCCAAGGUUAUUGAUCCAUGGGCCUGCGGGUAUGGGCCAACAUUAUAUCGCUGCUGCGAUUUUGCACCACUUAGAAAAAGUUCAUGUUCAGUCAUUCGACCUUGCAACUUUAAUGGGUGAUGCAACGAGGUCAAUGGAGGCUGCUAUCGUUCAGUUAUUCGUUGAAGUAAAACGGCGGAAACCUAGUGUUAUUUUCGUUCCUGAAAUCGAUAUGUGGUACUCAUCGCUGUCUGACCAUGCCCUAGCUACAUUUAGAGGCUUACUACAGAGUAUACCUGCCAAUGAGCCUAUCCUUUUUCUUGGAAUAACCGAACAAGAGGUUAAGGCCCUGUCUUCCCAAAUGCUCACAGAGUUUUUUGGAUACUCGCGAAAGGAUCGCUUUGAACUUGGGAAGCCCGAUAAGGAUGCACGAUUCCAGUAUUUCGAUAACGUGAUCUCGCAUAUUCGCAAGGCACCUACAGACUUCCCGCCCGAUGCCAACAAUCGCAAAAAAAGGGUUUUGGAAGUGCUUGAAAAAGUAGCGCCACCUCCACCCCGCGAAAUGACAAAGGAGGAAAUCAAAGCGCAAGAGCAGAAGGAUCGGCAGAUCAAGAACUGGCUUAAAAUUAGGCUUAACCCAAUGAUGGAGUCUAUCAAACAGAGAUACCGCCGUUUUAAGAAACCAGUCAUUGAAUAUGAUCUCAUCAAACAUCUUCUGGACCCCCCUCCCCCGCCCGAUGUCGAGAUUAUAGCCUCUGAUAUCCCACCUCCACCAGCACAAGAGCGUUACAGAAUCUUCUUUGACGAUACUGAUGAGCAACUCAGAGUCCAAGACACAGUGGCUAAUAAGACAUAUUACAAUUUGGACAUCGAUGUUAUCGAGGAAAGGUUAUCAAACGGGUUUUAUUGUACUACUAAACAGUUCCUUCAAGAUCUGGAGCAUAUACGAUACGAUGCAGAUAUAAGUGGCGACAAAGAGCGAAAGAUGAAAGCUAAUGAGAUGCUCACGAAUGCCGAGGUCUUUGUUGCCGAUGUUGAAAUGGAUGCUGGCUUUAUCUUACAAUGCGAGGACAUGUUCCGGCGAGAACAAAAGAAAAGGGCCGAAAUUCGGGCGAAACGUGAACGGAAGGCCAAGGCAUUAGAGGACGCUCGUGAAGCCGCCGAGAAGGUAGCAUCAUCUGCUAAUCGUCCAAGUAACGGAAGUCCCGCAAAGUCCAAGGCAAAUUCUCAUGAGAGUCCAAGCAAUGGGGGCUCUUUCAACUCAAAUGGUGCCCUUGAAGAUGGAACCAUACCAUCCUCAAAUCCUGAAAACGAGUUACAAAGCCAUGACCACGCAAAUGUGCCCGCGACACCACACUCGCGGAUGGACCCGCGUCUGGACAUGGACUCGUCGUGGGUGCCCUUCCCGAGUCAACAAAGUGGGUCAAACAGGGCAGCAACGCAGUUAACUCAGAUGUCCGCUGCAAGUGGAGCUUCCGUGGGAUUAACUCCAUUCAAUAAUGGUAUUGGCGGUAGCGGUAGUAAUAUGGUACUCAACUACGCGUCGUCAACAACCUCCGGGCAGAGAACAAGUGAUGGGGCACAACAGAGAUCGACCAACCACUCAAACAGCAAUGGCACACAAAACAGCAAUAGCUUCAUCAACCCAAACUUAGAGCCAGUUUUCCCAAAUCCUGAACAAAACGACUCACAAUUACCUGAUACACAAAUUGUUGCCUCUUCCUCUUCAGACCUCAACAGUAGUCAGUCUCUAGCGUCACAAUCAACACCCCGAUUUUCUAUCGAAUCACAAGCAGGCAGUUUAUCGCAGGGCUCGCAGUUCGGUAGUUUUACAGCACCACCAAUAUUUGAGCUGCCAGCACCGAAAGCCCCAAAGCUUAUCCUGGAUAACGAGAGGAUCGAUAAUAUACAUCACCGGUUAUCUGAAAGUACAUCUGGGUACUCCGUUGAACAACUCGAACAAGUUAACGCUGCGAUGAUGGAUGCCAUUUGGAAAUCUAGGAUUCUCUGGAAUAGGAAUGAGGUUGCGGACAAAGCUAUGGAAGCGUUUGAAGAAGUUGAUAAAGACAUAAGGGAGUUUCAACAAGUGAUGACUGCCAGUGGAAGUUUCUAA